AUGGCUCGCAGUACGGUUCCUCGUCGCCGAUCACGUAGGGAAGAAUAUGCUGGGAGCGAUGAAGCCCAUUCCGACAGCUCGGCCCUCGAAUCCCAAAGCAAGCGUCCGCGUCUUAGUACGGCCGAGGCUGAAUCUGAUAGAGGCGCUAUUUCAGAAGAAGAUGAUGCUGCAGAGGAGAGCGAUGUGCCUACAAAUUCUCCGUUGGAUAAAGUUCAUGCGCCGCGACAAAUGGCUCAUCGUGGAAUCGGUCCGGGGGGGUACAAACCUGGAGCGAUUGUUCGAAUCAAAGUGACAAAUUUCGUCACUUACACUUCUGCUGAAUUCCAUCCAGGGCCCAAGUUGAACAUGGUCAUCGGCCCAAACGGUACCGGCAAAAGUACUUUGGUUUGCGCAAUCUGUCUCGGUCUCGGCUGGGGACCUCAGCACCUCGGUCGCGCUAAGGAUCUCGGAGAAUUUGUCAAGCACGGUUGCGCAGAAGCGAAGAUUGAAAUCGAGCUUGCAGGUCAACCUAAGCUCUCCUCGAAUCCUAUUAUUUGCCGGACGAUCAAGAGAGACGGAAAUAAAAGCUCAUUCACGGUCGAUGGAAAACACGCCAGUUCAAAGUCCGUUGCGAAUCUCGUCCAAUCUUUUGCGAUCCAAGUGGAUAACCUCUGCCAGUUCCUCCCUCAAGAUAAGGUUGCUGAGUUUGCUGCACUCUCCCCUGUGGAGCUUCUCCAUUCCACUUUGAGAGCUGCAGCUGAGCCUGAGAUGACCACUUGGCAUAAAAACUUGAAGGAUCUUCGACACAAACAAAAGAUGUUGGAACUUGAAAAUCGCGGCGACAAUGAAAAUCUCGCAAACCUAAAGGACCGUCAGGAGUCGCAGAGGGCAGAGGUCGAGAACAUGCGGCAGAUGGCAGCGGCGCAGGAACGAAUUGGCCUCUUAGAACUUUGCCGGCCGCUUCUCGAGUACAAAAACUACCAUAAGGAGUUUGCGGAGCUCUCACGAAGGAAAGCUCAAGUCGAAGAAGAGGAGAAGCAGCUGAAAGCUGAAGUCGAGCCUACUUUGAUUGCAGUCAAGACCAAGCAUAGGUAUGCUGAGCAGAUAGCGCAAGUUCGAGCCUACCGCAAGCAGCAAGUACAGCAACUGUCUACCGCAGCCUCGACCUGUGAUCAGGAUGUCAAGAAAUUGCAGAGUCAGAUGGAAGAUCUGAAUGCAAAAAUUGCCACUGAAAAAAAGACAUCGCACAAGUACAGAGCCGAAAUAUUGCAGAUGCAACAACAGGUGAAUAGUCUCAGGCGUCAACAUGAGGAAGAAGCUGUGGAUUUUGACGCUGCAUACUACAAUGAUCAACUUAGAGAGAAAAGGCUGGCCCAGCGUGAUCUCCAGACAAAAGCGAGUGAGAUAAAGGAACAACGACAGCCAUUCCACCAGAAGAUGGCAGAGCUAUCUAAAAAUAUUUCCGAGGCUGGGAAUGCCCUCACGAACCUGGAUUCGGAGACGGGAAAACAAGAAGCUAGGCUGCAACAACAGUCUCCGGAAACCUUCAAAGCCCAUCGUUGGGUUCAGGAAAAUCAAAGCAAAUUUGAGAAACCAGUCAUUGGACCUCCUAUCUUGACAUGCUCGGUCACAGACCCUCGAUACGCCGAUGCCGUGGAAGCGCUUCUGAACAGGAAUGAUUAUCUCGCAUUCACUGUUCAGACGAAAAAAGAUUUUCGCACUUUGCAGCAACAUCUAAUGGGGCAGCUCAAGUUACAUGACAUCACGAUUAAAACAAGCCCAUCUUUGGACAAUCCAGCUCUACAACCUCCAUUAUCCGACGAGGAACUUCAGCAAUUAGGGUUCGAUGGCUGGGCAAAAGAUUUCAUUACGGGGCCAGAUCCUGUAAUUGCCUCCCUUUGCCUCGAAAAUCGCUUCAGCAGCACCCCGAUCAGUCUUCAACCGUUCAACGGCGAACAAGCAGAGGUGGAUGCAUUGCGCAAAAAACGAGUCACUAUUUUCGCUGCGGGGACUCAAAUGUACCAAACAAAUUAUCGUGCCGAGUACAACGCGUCCUCCACAAGCGUGAAAGCAGUUCGGCCAGCCCAAGUGUGGACCUCUCGACCUAUUGACACCUCUGUCAAGGAUAGUCACCAACAAAAUAUCGAUAAUUGGACACGCGAAUUGGAAGAUGUCAAGGAGCAAAUUCAGAAAUUCAGAGCACAGAUGCAAGGCUUGGAAAAUUCGAACAAACAGAUCACUGGAGAAAUCGCUGCAAUUGAAAAAGAGAAGUCAGAACGACAGUCCGCCCAUACCAAAUGGCUCGCUAUCCCUGGAACUAUCAGUCAAAAGGAAACCAAGGCAGGCAACCUCCAGAAGCUGCUUGACGAAAUGCGUGAUAGGGUGACGGCACUUCGUGAUGAGCAGGACGAGCUUGCAAUGCAAAAAGCGGAAGCUGCGAUCGUUUAUGCAGAUACCGCUGAGGCCUACCGGCAUGCUUGCGAAGAGCUUGUCAAGGUUGAGAUCUGGUACCUAGAGGCAAGCUCCGAUCAUAAGACGCUCGAGGAGAAGCACGCGGGGAUUACUCAAUUGCUUGGCGAAAAGGCCCAGGAAGUUAGCCGUCUCCGUGAUGAGUAUCGGGAGCGCAAGCGACGAGGCCGCGAGAUGUUGAAUGACGCCAAAGAGACGUUCAAAAAGGUGCAAGAGCGACCGGGCACCGAAAGCCUCAUCAGCACUGUGAAUGAUGCCUCCUACACCCUGGACAGCCUGAACGCCGAUAUCGAAUCUCAGCAGGCUCAACUUCAGCUAUUUGUCGGUGGCAAUAGCAACCUGAUUAAGGUCUUCGAGGAUCGUGAGAAGCAAAUUGAGAGAUUGGAAGCCAAACUCAAUGACUACCGCACCAAACUGGCCGACUUCGAUGCAGCAAUCAAGGAAGUUCGCGAUCGCUGGGAGCCGAGGCUGGAUGCCCUUAUCUCUAAAAUCAGUGAUGCCUUUAGCGAUUCAUUUGCACGCAUUGGCUGUGCAGGACAGGUUAGUCUUGACAAGGUCGAGGCUGAGCGUGGGCCGAACGGGGAAGCCGGUGGCAGCGAGUUCGAUCAGUGGUCUAUUCAAAUUCAUGUCAAAUUCCGCGAACAUGAGCAGCUCUCGGUUCUCGAUUCACACCGCCAAUCUGGAGGAGAACGAGCUGUCAGCACAAUAUUCUACCUCAUGGCUCUGCAAUCAUUGUCUGCAUCACCUUUCCGAGUUGUUGACGAGAUCAACCAGGGUAUGGAUCCUCGUAAUGAGCGGAUGGUACAUGGCCGCCUGGUUGAUAUUGCCUGCAACACCGAUGAGGGAGUGACUGCGGACCAGGAUGGAAAUACCGUCGGCGGCGGUGGGGGUGGCCAAUAUUUCUUGAUCACCCCCAAACUUCUCAGCGGUCUGUCUUACAAACCUGGGAUGCGCGUGCUUUGCAUCUACAGCGGCGAACACAUGCCUGAAGACCACACUACGCUCGACUUUGGUCGGGCCAUUCGUAAGAUGAAGGCUAUCCACGUCCGGGCGUCGAGUACUGCGGCAAACCAUUCUCGGGCAAGUGUCUACGCUUAA